AUGGACAACUAUACCUGGCACUCUGGGACCCUCAUCCCUUCCGAUUCACCAUCAUCCAUUGAUCGCUCGCAGCUCUAUCUGGAGAUCCUCGGCGUUCUUAGCGUGGUCUACCUGCUCCAAACCCUGGUCGCAUAUUCCAAAUCCUUCAAGGCCCCUUUCGUGGGCUUCCGAUUCUGGUAUGAGCCGAAAUGGUUGGUAGGACUACGUUUCUCCCAGGGCGCUCUGGCGCAGGUCAAUGAAGGAUACGCCAAGUACAAGAACGCCAUGUUCAAGGUCGCCCGCAACGACUCAGACAUCCUGGUUAUCCCCAACAAGUAUGUCGAGGAACUGCGAUCCCUGCCUGACGAGAAGAUCAGCGCCAUCCGCGCGCAUAUCAAGAAUCUCCUGGGAAAGUACUCGACCACGCUGAUCCUCCUGGAGAGCGACCUGCAUACGCGCAUGCUGCAGACCAAGCUGACCCCUAAUCUCGGCUCCUUCAUCGAGGUCAUCGAGUCGGAGCUCCUCUUCGCCAUGGACCAGGAGAUCCCCGCGAACCUAGACGACUGGCAGAGCGUCAAUGUGUUCCACAUCGUUCUUCGCAUCGUGGCGCGCAUCUCCGCACGCGUGUUCUUGGGCGUCCCCGCCUGCCGCAAUGAGGAAUGGCUCCAGACCUCUAUUCACUACACCGAGAACGUCUUUGCGACCGUCAUGCUGUUGCGGCGCUUCCCCAAGUGGAUGCACCCGAUUGUGGGACACCUCCUCCCCAGCUACUGGGCAAUCCACAGGAACCUGCGGACCGCGAAGCGCAUCAUCAGUCCCAUGGUGCGCCAGCGCCGCGCAGAAGAGGCCAAGCGGAACCCGGACUAUGUAAAGCCCAACGAUCUCCUCCAGUGGAUGAUGGACGGCGCAAACGAGAACGACGGGCAGCCCGACAAGCUGGCGCACCGCCAGCUCCUCCUAAGCCUGGCUUCCAUCCACACAACAACCAUGGCGGCGGCGCACUGCUUCUACGAUCUCUGCCAACAUCCCGAGUACUUUGAGCCGUUGCGCGAGGAGAUCAACGACGUAAUUGCCCAGGAUGGCGGCUGGAAAAAGACCACUCUCAACAAGAUGCGCAAGCUGGACAGCUUUCUUAAAGAAAGCCAACGCAUCAACCCGCCCAGUCUCUUGGCAUUCAACCGCAUUGUCUCGGAAGACCUGACGCUCUCGGACGGCACCCUCCUGCCCAAAGGAACGCAUUUCAGCAUGCCCUCCGCGGCCAUCCUCCAGGACAACGGCGUGGAACCCGGUGCCGACCAAUUCGAUGGGUUCCGAUACUACAAGAAGCGCCUCAACCCCGAGGAAGCCAACAAGCACCAGUUCGCCAUGACCGACAACAACAACCUCCAUUUUGGCCACGGCAAGUACUCAUGUCCCGGCCGCUUCUUCGCCUCCAACGAGAUCAAGAUCAUCAUGGCGCACCUGUUGACCGACUACGAAUUCAAAUACCCCCGGGGCGCGACAAGGCCGCGGAAUCUGACGGCCGAUGAGAACCUGUAUCCAGAUCCGUCGGCACGUCUGCUCAUGAGACGACGGGUGGUGGCUCCGCCGCAGGCGUCGAUCACGCCGCAGCUUGUCUCAGCCUAG